UACAGUAUAGGGUGUAUCUGUUUCGAUCAAGCUGGCCAAACAUCAAGGCCAGCGUGCAGACAAUCCCAACGUUGAGUGGAAGAGGCUCCCUUCACACUCGUUAGAAGAUUCCUAGAAUACUAGAUGGAAAAGUCGGAGUAUAAGGUCGGGGUAGCGGAGGACACAAAGCAGAAGCGAAGUACUUGGCCAAACUCAUCGGGUGCAAAUCAUCUGAAAACUGAAAACACAGAGGCGUCCGAUCGAGACCUUGACCAGAAAAACUUCGCUGUAUUGGAAGACGAUUCAAGAGCUCAACAUAAAGAACAACAGAUAAAAGAAAAAAUAGUAUAUUGAAAAAAUAAUUCAAACAUGGCUUCAGCUAGAUUGAGAUGUCAACUUUUCCUUUUCACCGUUCUCUUGAUGGGGGCUGUCACCUCCGGGGCUAAGCUUUCCAGAUCAUAUUAUUCUCGGACUUGCCCAAAGCUGGAAAGCGUAGUCCGUAACAAGGUCAAUCAGUUAAUCAAUGCAGAUAGAGGCAUGGCUCCAGGUUUACUGCGUCUCCAUUUUCAUGACUGCUUCGUCAGGGGUUGUGAUGGAUCAGUGCUUCUGGAUUCAUCCUCAAACUCGGGAGAGAAAGAUGCACCACCAAAUGCCGGCUCUCUCAGAGGAUUCGCUGAAGUUGAUGCUAUCAAGGCAUUGGUUGAGAACACUUGCCCUGGUGUAGUUUCUUGUGCGGAUAUCCUGGCUUUGGCAGCUCGUGAUGCCGUUGUGAAGGUUGGGGGAAGGUACUGGUCAGUACCUCUCGGCCGAAAGGAUGGAUUCGUAACUUCCCUGGUUGAAGCCAAUACUAGUCUACCAUCUCCAUUCAUGACCUUCGAUGAGCUAGUACAGAACUUCGCUGCUGUUGGACUUAACACGAAGGAUAUGGUUAUUCUUUCAGGUGGGCACACAAUCGGCCAGGCUCAUUGUGCAGUGGUAAUUCCUCGUCUGUACAACUUCAACGGUGUGACCGGAGCCACUGAUCCAUCACUUGAUCCCACCUAUGCCGACUUCCUCAGAACCCUCUGCCCGUCAGACCAGCCUUUGACUUUUAUUGGUGAAAUGGAUGCAACUAACGGCACUUUCGACAACAAAUACUUCAAAGCCGUUAAGAGUAACAAGGGACUCUUCACAUCAGAUGCUGCCCUUCUCACAAAUUCUUUCGGUGCCAGAAUUGUGAACAAAGCUGCCAGGAACCCCCAAAGUUUCUUCUCCGACUUCGGAAACUCCAUGGUGAAAAUGGGCAAGAUCGGUGUUUUGACUGGAUCUCGUGGAGAGGUCAGACGUGUCUGUUCCGCUGUCAACAGCUUUUAGAAAUUUAGCGGAUGUAGGAAAUUAGGUGGGAUUGUCAGCUAUAUAUUUGGUGGCAGAAACCGGGUAUUUAAGCUAUAGAUUGAUACUGGUAGAGGGAUUCACCAUUCUAUGAAUUAUCUAAAACAUGAAGCAGUCGCAGCUAAUAGCACGAUAGUCAGAAGCUUACAACAUGCUAAGUGAAGAUCACCCAAAUACAUGUAUAUGAUAACUGUACUGUGAGCUGGUCUGUCAAGAUUCUUUUUCUCAUAGCACAUCAGUCACCAUAUCUGGUAGCGGAUGUACAAAUAAA